AUGGAGUUCUUGCAUUGCUUGCUCUCUGAUGAUUUGGCUUACAAGAAAGAAAAGGUCAAAGAGAAGACAUGGGGAGAAGAUGUUGAUGUUGUGUAUGGGAUUACUCUUGGAAAAAAAAGCAAUGUCUGGAUUGGGAUGGAAAUUCAUUUGAAGAAGAAAAGAAUCACAGUAUAUGAUUGUUUUCAAAAGGAAAGCAACAGCAUUGAUAUUCCUCAAGUGAAAAAGUUGGCAGUGUUGAUUUCUAAUCUGCUGGUGGAAUCUUCUGGUGAUGAGGUAGAUAAAGUGAAGAUGAUUCCAUUUGAGAUUGAGCAGGCACAAGGUUUACCCAAGACAAAACAUCCUUUCAACUGUGGGAUAUUUCUUGUCAAGAUUCUGGAGUGCCAGUCAUUGAAGAUAGGAGACAUGACAAAGAUUAAUGAUGACAAUGCAUUGGAGCUAAGGAGAACCUUGUCUUGUGAGAUCUUCAACCAAUUUGUGGAUGAGAGCUUUGGGAAAUGAGAAUGAUGCAUGAAAACAUUUUUUGUUUUAGUUAAGACUCGGUUUUAGUUAUGACUGUUUAUUUUGUUAUGUUGUUGGCGUCUGGUUACAUAAGAAAGAUUGGAAGGAUAUCAAGUAUUUUUUUUGGGUAUCA